AACUGCGUAAUUCGCGUGGAAUUUUAAAUAAAAUAACUGAAAAAAAUUCCGUGACAUCAUGGAAAAUACUAAAGCCAAGCAGCGAGAUUCGGAAAACUUCAAUUCUCGCCUUGAAAGCUUCUCACAAAAACUCGAACAAACCGAAUCUUGGAACGAUGAAGCUAAAAUGGGAAAUUAUUAUGCCGAAUUCAGACCAUAUCAAGUGAAUCCCGAAAACUACGAAGGAAAGAUGCGUUUUUGGAAGCAACUAAUCAAAACGUACUGUGAACACAAAGGAAGUGCCGAAUUCACAAUUGUCGAACUCAAAAAAGCAUUUAAAAGGAAAAAUGUCUCACCAUAUUGUCUUUCAAAGGUCAUCGACGAGAUGCUCGCAAACCAAGAAAUCAAGUUAAAAGAUCAAUUUUUGGAGCCUCCCGAAGCAACCUGGAGUGGCUGGGCCAUGAAUCUUCUAGUCAAGAAACCCCUAAAAUGGGGAAUUAACAAAGUAAAGGAACAAGUAAUGACAAUACGUGACGAAACGACGUCUUAUGUGUGUUCGGAAGUUGUUAAUACACAAGCAGAAGCCUUGCACACGCUUUUUGAGAAGUCUUAUGACACAAUUUUGAACAAAGAAGACAUUUUAAGUCGCGCUGAGAAGACAAAUUUAUCAAUUUCGGGCGCAAAUCUCGCAAUGCAUCGUUUAAUGUGCGAAAAUCGUCUUUGGAUGGAAGCGGAUGAAGCAAAUUCUAAAAUUUUGUGUAAAUUUGCAGCACCAAAUGCUAAAGUCACGCCCGCUACCGAACUGGAAAAGUCAAUUUAUACCUUGGAAGAGACCGAAAAGUCUCUCGAACGCACAAUCGAUGAUUUGGAAAAAGAAAUUAACUCGACAACGACGAAUAUUAAGCAAUGUCUCAAAGACGGCAGGAAACAAGCAGCGAAAAAUCACUUGAAAAAACGUCACGCUUUGGAGAAAAAUUUGGAAAAGCGAAUGGGAGUCUUGGAAUCGGUGCAAACGAUGUUAAGUCGCAUUCAUGACACGCAAAAGGACAAAGAUGUCUUGUUGGCGUACAAAAUCGGGACUGACGCCCUCAAAAAUGCGCUUGCUGGUUCAGGCAUCACUCUAGAUUCGGUCGACGAGACCAUCGAACAGAUGCGGGAAGCGAUCGAAGUGCAUGACGACAUCCAAAAUAGCUUUGCGAUCCCGACAAAAGAUGUUUUAGUCGACGACGAAGACUUGGAGAAGGAAUUAGAAGACUUGUUGAGCGAAAAUCCGAGUGGCGGAGACACAGCAGGAGGAAAAACAUCGCCGCCCGAGAAGAAAACGGAAGAAAACUUCGACGAAGACAUCGAAAAGCGACUAAAAGCCCUCAGUUUUGACGUCCCUGAGCUCUCUGAUACUGAAAAAAGUCUCACUGCAAGUACCGUGCCUCAUUAAAAUUGCCUCAGGAAAUCGUAUUUUACUUGUCUAACAUUUUUUUAUUAAUAAUAAAACUGUUUUCCUUAAUUUUAGUUGAAAAAAAAGUUCCGUGACGUGUUAACGAGUAUUUAC